UGUUUACGAACUGGCCACAUUCACGUCGCGCGCGGCGGUAGCGUAAGCGCGGCUCGUUUUGCAAAAGAGGAUUCAUUGUCCGUGUUUUCUCACGCUGAUUUAAAUCAGACUUAACUUUUCGGUACAGUUGUUUUCUAUUAUUUUUCUUGGUACCGAAGUAAUUAAGAAAUAGCUGUACUUUUAGUACAUUCUUUUAAAUACAUUGUGAUAGGCGUGUCGCGGAUUUGAAAUUUGAAUAGUGAAGUGAACUUUUGUGCAUUCAGGUGAAAACAGGUGUUGGUUGCAAGUGUGUUGUGGAAAGAGAUGUUCAUAUCCGUAGUCCUAUUGAUUGGUUAGCCUUGCAUACUUGAGUGAUCUCCGUGUGAGAAAUUAUUCACAGACGAGUUCGCAAACAUGACUGUGAAGAAUACACCUCCAAAUAGCAGGAGAUGAGUUCCUGAUGCGUAGAGAGCUGGACGUCUGCCGAUCAUGCAGCCAUGGCCAGUGGGAAGGCACUGUAUUCCAUAGCCGUGGUCAUAUUCGGCUUCAUCUGUUUUAUUGUCGGUGCCAUUGCAGUCGGACUGCCUACCUGGGGCUAUUUUUAUAGUUAUGACACAGACAUUCACUUCUCGCUGCAGUCUUAUUAUUUGGAGAAUCCAAACUUCGACCAGGGUUACUUCGGGCCAUGGAGAGUAUGCAAGCGGUUGCUUUACAACAGAGAAAAAUGCGGCUCAGAUGUCUCGAAGUUUCGACCAUCAACGGCGGUGUACAUCGCCGGCGUGGUGGCAGCAGUGGGGGUGACCAUCCUGGGUGUAUUCUGCGUGCUGUCAGUCCUCCAGCUCGCGAUGAUAUCCUCGAAGGAACGCGUCGGCCUCAAGUAUACACACCUCGUGUUGCUGAAGCUCGCGCUCGCUUUACUAGCAGCAUUGCUGUCGAUAGCGGCAGCGGGCCUGUUCGCUGUCCAAGGCGAUGACAGAGGAUUCAUCCUGACGAGGGGAGAAGCUUUCUAUGUCCAGAUAGUAUGCAUAGUGAUAAACUGCCUCCUAUUCAUAAUGUCAUUGUAUGACACGUUGUUCUCUCGGCGAGUGGGGGGCGACCCAACCAACCCGCUUGGAGAACCAGACGGCACCACCAUCAACAACCCUGGAUUCAAGGAAGGCAGAGGUAUAUCAAUGACCGAUGCGUCAGGGAAGCCAUAUAGCACGAACGGGCACGGGAGCGUGGCGUCUAUGAACACCACGGCUACGACCCUUACGGGGUUGUCAGACGCCAGCACCAUCACCAGGUCACCCCUCAGAUCCUCACUUAAGAAGCCCAGACCUCGGGAAGGGGAGCCCGGAGGCCUAGGCAUCCACAACCCAGGGUACUCAGGCCAUUCCCCACCCCUCAACAGAAAUGGAAGCCAGAAAAAAGUGCGAAUACAAACUCAUAGUACUGAAGUAUAAAUGAAAAGACUUAUAAUGUGGGUGUCGGCUAGUUAAUUCCAUUCCGUCGUACUUUGAACGAACGUUAGUUCGUUAUUCAGUCGAAUUCGACUCGUGCGCUUACUUACGAAUACUGGAGCCGUAUUUUUGAAUCGUUCGUUUUCGAUUCGCAUGCGAAAGUUUAAACCCAUUUCAUGUAGCACAUCAGAACUUGUCAUUUGCAAGAUGAGCCUCGCCUUCAACUUGCUGCACAUACCCCCCCAAGUAAAAUAAAGUUCUGUCAGCCAUUAUCGGCGCUAUUAUUAUACUACUAAAGUGUAUUGCAUCAUGUCAUAAACGUAGUAAAUUAUUGAACUUAUUGCUCAAUCCGAAAAAAAGGAAUGGAUUGGCCUUUAUGGUUAAAUUAUUACAUUUUAUCUUUGACCUACGCAUGUACCCUAUUCCAAUAUAUGUAUACGUUCGUAAGCACUGUAGUUGGUUUCGUGGCUUCAUCCCGUUUACAAUAUACUAUAAUAUAUGAAUAUAACUAAGAGACGUACAAGAGGACAUGAGUAUUCUAAGUAUGUACGGGCAUACAGCAUAAUUUUUGAUAACUGGCCCUAUGAUAUGCGUUACGCUACUUACAUUCAGCCAAGACAUACGACGUUUAUCUAAGCAUCAUCUAUUGGUUGGAACCGGGGUUAUUUGUCGCGCCUAUGUAGACAGCGGAACCCAUGCCACUUGGCCAGUAUUUUGUAAAGAAACCUGCAUACUGUUUACGUUUAUUAUUUGAUUAGAUAAUGUGGAACUUUCUAGGCUACGUUCACCAGAAAAAAAAUUGAUGGCACUGUUUGGAUUUAACGUGAUGACUACUUAUUUUCUCAUUUCUCGGGAUACACAAUUAGUCAAAAAUAUAAUCUAAUGGCACAGACAUAUUAAAAUAAUCGUUGCUUGAUAUUUGGAUCUGUGGGCGGCGGGCCUCGACAUACGUCAUCCGUCUGUGAAACAGUUCACAGUACUGCACAGAAAGAGACAGACGAUCUCUGUCGCGGCGAGAAAGAGUCGCGUGCUUAGGCUGCGUCCCCAGUAGGCAAACUGUGAGCCGCCGACUGAGUUAGCGGCGUAUCGGUUUAGUACGCCCUUCCAUAUAUUUCAAAUGGAGUGUUCACAGUUUGCUAGUUUUGCGCUCACUGUACGCAGUUGCAGCGUUACGCGCGCCGACUAUUUUAGUGAGCGGCCGACUCCCACCAAAACCGGUUCCAGUCGGCGAUUGGUUGUUCGUCGGGCGUAGUGACUCACGUUUGCCGCAAAAUGAUUAUUCGGAUAGUUAGAAAAAAGCUAUCAUCGUGUUAGGACGUGUUUUUUUGCAUCGCACCUAACUAAUCUCAACGCACACACACAUCACUAACUCAAAUUUCAGUUCGCUGCAAAUUUGCGGCUCACUCAGUCGGCCGCUGACAGUUCGCUUACUGGGGACACAGCCUUACGGUGCUAGGCCCGCAGAUACGAAUAGAAUUAUGUUGCUAUCUAUAUUGUUUCUCCUUAUUUUGAUCAGAAUAAUAAUGGGUAGAAAAUAUGUUGUGUCUGGGUGUAAUAACAAGGCUCAUCAUUUAUAGCCAAAAACAAAAAUAAAAGAUGCAUAAUGUCUGUUAUCCAUUAAAUUAGAAGGUUGAGCGAAGGCAAAUCUGUACAGUGCCUUUUUUUUUGGAAACAGCCUGGAAUGUCUCUCAUAAUUUUUAUAUUAAUGAAUUUAUAAAGACACCUUUCGCUGAAGAAACUUUAAAUAUUAUUUUCUUCAUCAUAUUGUUUGCGAAGUAUAAUUACCGACACCAUUAUUCUUGUCUACACAUAUUGUAUUUUACCUGAUAUUUUAAGUAAUGUAGCAUUCAAAUGUAUUGUAAAUGUAUUUGUAAGUUUUAUUCAUUUGGUGUAAGAGUUCGCAUCAUAAAGUGAAAGUGGUAAAAUUAGCAGUGCCUGUUGGAAUUUCACAACCAUGCUUGUCAAAUUGAAGGGAAGAGAGGAAGGGGUAGACCUAGGAUAACAUUUAUGAAACAAAUAAAAGAGAAGGUGCAGGUCGUGUCGUAUCGGGAGGUGAAGGUUUUGGCGGGAAGAAGAGAGGAAUGGCGAUUACUCCACCGACAAGAGCGCAGCUCUUAAAUAGAGAGAGAGAGAGAGAGAGCUUGUCAAACGGUGUCUCUCACUGUGAUGGAGCAGGUUCGAAUCCCAACGCGGGCCGAAACCAAUAAUUAUCCAAUUUGUUUUGGUGAAGGAAAACAUCGUGAGGAAUAUCCCAUAUUCUCAAAAAAAUGCUUUUCGGACGUAUGUGACCUAACCUGUAUUGGGCUGGUUUUCCCAACAACCGGACCUGUCAAAUGUUCAGCUUAGGUAAGUUGACCCCGUGGAAAGCGAGAUAAAGCUAGGGUGAUGAUGAUGACUUGUCAAAUGGUGUACUCGGAUGAAUCGCCUAAUAGAGAGAUGUAAAACAUAUUAGGUGGGAUGCUAUACGCCUAUUUUGGCGACGCUAAACACAAUUGUAUAAAAACUACAAUGUGACAGCAUUACAAAUGAUAAUAAGAUGUUUAAACAGCGGUGCAAUAUAAAAGAAUCUUCAUUGUGCGAACUUUUAGACAAAUCUACAUAUCUCAUUAUUUUUUUAAUAUAUUAUUUUUAUGUUUUCUAAUCAAUUAGAUUAUUUUUUUUUGUCGUAAGUACCUAUAUUUACAAGUUUUAUUAAUAGACCACAAUUAUUGUGUAUAUUUAGCUUGAACAAAGUUCUUGAUUUGUGUUUUAUGUUAGUCUACACAAGUGUGUAUAUAACUAUUAUAACCAGCACAAAGUGUUGUAUAAAUGCGCAAUCAUUAUUGUUAUACAAUAUUAUACAGCUUUGUUGUUUAAUUCCAUGCAAAAAAAUAUUAUUUUUAACUGUUCACAGUUUAGAUGUAAUGAAUUUAACUUAGUUGCAAUAUAAUGUUAAGGUUAUGAACUUAAAUUUUAGAUGAGUAUUGUAAAUACACAUUUCGUAUUAAAAAAAAUAACCCACCAGGCUUGAAAGAAGACCAUCACAUUUUUAUAUAUUGACGUUGAAAAUUUAUGUCCUUUAUAUCUUUGGAUUUGUAUUGUAGUUUUAUGAAUGUUGUGCCUUUACCUAAGAUCUACAAUUGUGCCUUGUCCUUUGCCUUUUCGUAAUACAAGAAUCAGGAACCAAGAUAAAAUAUUAACAGUGGUAUCACAAAACGAAGACUAAACUACAAACUAGGUUUAACAUAAAAUCCGUGUUCCGAAAGAAGUCCCGCGCGGCACUACUGACGCAAAUUCUGCAAAGAUUUUUGAUGACUUCAUUUAAUGGGUCAUAUCAUGGGUCAUUGAUGGGUAAUAAUAGAUAGUAUGACACCUGGGAAUCAGAUCGUCAGUAAUUGCUCUGUCCUUGAAAGUGUUAAUAUCGGUCUACUUAUUACGUGGCGCGGAUUCUAACUUUAGACCAUGGUAACAGAAAAUUAUACAUUUCUUAUACCAUGCUUUAGACCUAGUUAAUCUUUAGUCUUCGUUUUGUAAUAUAAUAGCAUUGUAUAUCUCCAAUAUUAGACCCCUUUGAUUUACAAUGUGUUCAAAACAGAAAAAUCCACUAAUUUCAUUCAGGUACCUCUUUCAUCUGCCAAUGUUGCCUAUUCGGGCGCAGACAAACUUAACCUAAUUUGUGUAACAGCCUAGUGCGACAGCUCUUCAAAAUAGAUGCCGUCCUUUACUUACAAUACGUGCAAGAAAGAUGCACAGAUGGUGGCCCGAAUCGACACCAUUACCUUUACAUUUCAUAUACCUGCUUGAAUUUUAAAAAAUAUAGUUUAAAAAAUAUUUACAUAUUUAUUAUUGUAAGUAAAAUACCUUAGGAUAUCAUGUUUCAUCCGUCCAAACUCUGGUCUUAAGAUUAGUUUGUCAAAUUACUACUUAAAUGUGUUAUUAUUAAAAUAGUAUAAGGAUUAAAUGGGUAAUAUCAAAUAUUGUUAUUUUUGUGAUGGGGAGCACGCCACAUUAGUACUUGUAGGUGAAUUUCAGAGCAGCAAAGUCAAUAUUAGUGACACUGCAAAAAUAUCCUCUAAUUGUCUUUCUGUAUUUGAAAAUACCCAGUUAGAACAUGCGUAAGUGGGUAACAUACAUAAGUUUCAAGAGGGAAUUUGAAAAAAUAAAAAAAGAUUUUCGGAUAUAUUUACGGUGAUAACAUAACUUAAGCUCUACUUGGCUCUACUAUAUCCCAAUUGGGGUAGUGAGAGGUACAUCCAUCGCAAGAUGUGCUAAAUACCCACACCUCACCGAGCUUUAUGUUACACCGACGUGAUAGGUGGUGAGCCGUAACGAUUUUUGCGAUCACACUAGGUAACGAUAUUGACGCCUGAUUCUCUGAAAUUGACCCUUGUAUACAAAUAUUAAGCAUAAACAAAUCUGAGUUAUACUUUUCUUUCGUUUUGCUUUCAAUGAUAUAAAUAGUUAGAUUUAAAAAUAUAUUUUAAAAUAAUUAUGUUGGUUUGUAACAAAGACACGAAUCUCGUAUUGUGCAAGACACAUUUUAUUAAGAAUAUCAAUAUUUCCGUCCGACUGAUUCUAUAGAUAGAUCUGUAUGUUGAAAAAUAAAAUCAGUUGUAUAAAAA